GCAAGUACUGGACAGGAACACAGUAUUGCUGAAGAAAAAAGGGAUCCAAGGAGUUGAACAGCUCAAGCCAGUCCCUGACUAAAGCGAAACAGAAGCCGGUGAGAUGGCCAGUGAAUCAUGUACCAUUCCACCCUAUCUCGGACUGGCCACCGUGAAAGGGGUGGUUGUAAUUAGAAGAACACCUUCAGGGAUUUGGGCAGGACGAGCCCUGAAGAAAUUGGAUUGGGCUAAAAAUGGAGUCCUGUCAGAGGAGAGAGAACUGCUGGAAUGGAAGAAAGCUAAGAGUAACUGCCCGGUUUGUCUAACAGACCACCAUCUCCCCAUCAUCUGGGAAGGACCGGGCCGUGAGAAGCCAAGGCACCAGGGGGCUACCGCAGAAAUGCUACAACAUCUUCGCGUCUCCCCGGUCACGAUAUUGAAUAAUACAAUCUGUGGGAACUGCCGAGUGGGUUACCUACCCCGGCUUAAGUUGGAAACCCAAUGGGGAUGGCUCAAGGAAGAACCAAGAACGUGUUAUUGCACGUGGGAUGGAGACGAGCUACAUCGCUGUCCUGUGUGCAAGGAACAGCUAACGAGCGGAGAGGUAACACUGACGGGCGAAGCUGAAGGGUGGCAAGUGACAAGGUUCUACAGCUCGCUGCGAUAUUACAGAACCUACGGGAAAGUGCAAUCGAACUAUGGGAGCCCCAUACCGAUAAUAUUACCAGGACCUUCCGCUCCACCGAACACUCCAGAAGAACUGGACCCAUGGGUGUGGAGGAGGGACGAAGGACCGCACGAUGUCCUGUGGGAUUCUGUUCAAGCCGCCUGGCCGUAUGACGCUGCCAGAGCUUCCUUGUCAUUUCCACCAUUAAAUGCCAACCACUCUCCUGUGGUCUUCCGGGUACAUCGGCCUCAUGCAUACCAACCAUCAGCCGAGGAGCUAAGUGCCCUCCCAGAUGACGCCCGAAAGCAAGCCUUUAACGGUGGGUGGACAGGCCCCUGGGAGCUGACCACCUGGGCACAUCUAAUUUUGGAAGUCAUCAAUGACUGCACAAUACCUAUAGUGGAUCUGCCGGAUGCACCAAGGGAAGAUGGGGUGCGCAGCUCAGACAUGUAUUACUACACGACUGAGGUGGACGGAUGGGGCAGCAAUGCGGUGAGACCCAAAGAGAAGUCUUGCCUGUACUGGGUGACAGCGGAAUCCCAGUUUCGGGAUGGAGUUUUGCAACACCCGGGAGGCGUGGCUCACAGGGCGAGUACGCCCUCUGAUCCUAGCACCUCCUGUCAAGUCCAGCUAUCAGUGCGCAUGAUCACCGUCCCCUAUAAAGGGAUCUACUCAGUCGGAGCAGCCAUCAAAGUGGUACCAGACGAGCAGACUUACGCCACCGUGUCCAGUACGGAGCCGGAGCCUCCCAAGAAGAAACCCAAAACUCACGCCUGGCAGAAGCUCACCUCAGCAUUUCCAUGGAAAAAGACAAGCCAAGACUGAUGGACGCACCGGAAGGAGGAAAACGAGUCGUCAAGUCCGCAGGUCAGCAAAAAACCAAAAAACGAAAGGGAAGACAGUGUUUUGUGACCAGAUUGUUCAAAGUGGGGGUUGGAGUCUCAUCGGGGCUAUCAGACAGAGGCCCGUUUUUAAGACUCCCUACCACCAACGUUCAACUUGAUAUGCCAAGAGAAGAUUUUACUGUUUCCAAUCCAAUUACCGAGGCCUAUUUUCUCAAGUUCCUCAUAUAUCUCCGACCCACCAAUUUCCAAAACGUAAAACAGGUGGGGGAAAGUGAGGAAUACACGACGCC